CACCCCUCCCCGCGACCCCGCGUCCCCAGCAAAACCAGUUCAGUUCGUGCCCGGCUGCCGUGCGCGUCGGUUAUCUCGCGGAGAGAGUGUAUUCGCCGCGCUGUGUUACGAAAAAACAUCUUUUGUACCAUAACCAAACCAGUGCUGUGGAUUCCUAUUAUUGUAGUGCUCGUGUGAGAUUGUGCCAUUUCAUAUUGUGAUGUUGCCUGUUGGAGAUGUUAUAGUGAAGGAUUUCUCUUGAAAACUGUGGAACGGGUUCCGCCUGCCGCCGCCGGACGCCUUUUCUCCGAUCUCGGGAUAUCAUUAAGCGGCCGGGGGAGCGAGACGGGCUGUGUGUGCGUCCCGUUUGCGUCUUGUGGUUUUUGCUGCGCAUGAAAAGAUGCAAACCCAAGAUGAACCCGGAAUUUGACCACAAUCAACAACAAUUACUGUGAAAACAACCAACCACACCAACCAUGUUUGAUCAUCCAAACCUGGACCCGAUACCAGAACCCUCUGGAAACCCGAUCACUACAAAAAAGAAGAGUCUACAAGACCUCAAAUAUCUUCUAGAAGACAGAGGAUAUAAAAGAAGAGGGUUAAAAGGGAGGAUUAGCAGUAAUAGUUAUGACAAUAAUAGGAAAAGAAUUAGUGUAGUGAGUGAAAGUUUACGUGGUUGGUGCUUUAGUAGGAUUAAAACUAUCAUUUUGUUAAUAGUGUUUGUGGUUGUUGAUAAUGUACACGCCAGGAGUUCAGAACCAAGGUACGAGACAGCAUAUGCCUGCGAAGGCAAGACCUUGAAGAUCGGCUGCAGAGAAGGCUCGGUCAUUCACCUCAUCAGAGCUAACUACGGAAGGUUCUCCAUCACGAUAUGCAAUGACCAUGGCAACACUGACUGGAGUGUCAACUGUAUGUCUACUAAGAGUUUGCGGGUUUUACAUAGCAGAUGUAGUAUGCACCAAAACUGCAGUAUACUAGCCAGCACGAAUAUGUUUGGUGACCCGUGCCCAAACACCCUCAAAUAUCUUGAAGCCCACUACCAAUGCGUACCAGCCUCAACAACCAGCACAACAAACCGGCCAUCGCCCCCAUGGCUCAUCACGUCGCAGCCGACAGUCUGGCGGUCUACCCAGCCGCCUAUCCCCAAGAGUCCAGUCCAAACGCAGCAGAACGAGAGGAAGAAGCCCACUGUCAUCACACCUCCGACCUUCAGGCCACAUAUCACGCUACCCCCCGAGGUGAAGCUUGGUGAUGUCGCUUCUAAGAAGACCACGACGAGGCAGCCGGACUCCUCAUCCGAAAGGGAACCUCCGCAGAGUUCCAGAGAGAACAUUCCAGAAGCUAAAGAAGAACCGAAAGUUGUUGAACCUGACCAUAGCCAGAAGAACGAUAAGGCUGCUAAAGAAGAUGAACCAGCUGUGACAGAAGGCACGAUGGAGUGGCCAGCUAAAGAUGAAGACUCGGAGCCGACACCAGCGGUGCACCCGCCUCCGAAGGACAGCAGACCAGGCACCGAUAUCUUGGACGAAUUUGAAAGAACUUUUUCAACGAUAGCAACCCCCAACAUCGGUCGGCGAGUGUUCUGCCCGCAAGUCAGCGCGCGAGGGUUGAACUGGAACUGGACUAUGGCGGGCACGUAUGCUGUCCAGCCGUGUCCGGGCGGAGCUACGGGGUUAGCUAGGUGGAAAUGCACGCUAACUCCUCACCAGUUCACCGAGGAGGAGCGUCCCCGACGCCGCGGCACCGGUCUACCUUCAGGCGAGAACUUUCACGACCUUGGCCUGGAUCAGCCCAGUGAUCGACAGAUGGAACUCCUCAGGAGACUUGGCUCUGAAGCGCUGUUGAAAGGUCGUGACGGUGACUCUCCCGAACAUAUCAAAGACUACAGAGGAAACACUGGUCUAGUUGAAACAGCUGGCAACAUCGCCCAAGUGGCCAAUGACUUGAUAUACACUGAUGCAAUACCAGAAUGGCACGGCGCGACUCCUGAUCUGAGUGAGUGUCGCUCCGUAUGGCUGAACAGCCUCGAGGCUCGAGUGAGGGAGGGAGAAUCACUGUUGAGCAUCAGCAAUGAUUUGGCACAGGUCACAUCAUCAAAGACAUUAUACGGGGGUGAUAUGAUGACCACCACCAGUAUUAUGAAGAAGCUAGCUCAACGAAUGUCACAGAACGUACAAACCUUCCCCGACCCGAGACAAAGAGAGGCCAUAGUCACUGAUAUGCUGCUUGGAGUUAUCAAAACUGGGUCCAAUCUCCUGGAAGAAGCGCAGAGGUCUUCGUGGGCAGACCUCAGUUCUGAAGCCCAGAGCAGGGCUGCCAGUGCUCUGUUGACACAACUUGAAGAAAACGCGUUUUUAUUAGCUGAUGCUGUUACUAAAGAGAAAACUAUACUGCAGAUUGUGAAGAAUAUUUGUCUAUCAGUGAGGGUUUUGGAAGUAAAGAAUGUGGAAGACGAGACGUUUCCGUCACCCAUCGCGCAGGAGCAGUGGAAAGGCUCUGAGGACACCAUCACCAUACCCAAAGCUGCUUUACUUGACAACCGUCAGAACGAUUUAGUGCGUAUCGUCUUCUUCGCCUUCGACCGGUUAGAACAGAUCUUACCUCCGACCUUCGGCAAGACUCCUCGUUUCCUCUCCAGCUUUCAAGCUGACAGCGGUACUUCUUCAUCCACCAGCAUCAACUCUGAAAAGGAGAAGAGGAAUGUUACUCGAGUACUGAAUUCCAAGGUGAUAUCAGCAAGCUUAGGCAAUGGACGCCACAUCCAACUCUCUCAGAUGGUGCAGAUCACGAUGAAACAUAUCAAGGUUGAGAACGUCACCAAUCCCGCUUGUGUCUUCUGGGAUUAUACGUUACACGGCUGGUCUCCCGAAGGUUGCCAAGUGGAAUGGUCUAACGCGACCCACACAGGCUGUUCGUGCUCCCAUCUCACAAACUUCGCGAUCCUCAUGGAUGUCCACGGCGUGCCUCUCAGUGCUGCGCACGAGUUGGCUUUGCAGACCCUCACGUACAUCGGCUGUGGGAUAUCUACUGUGGCGCUGGCAGCGGCCAUUAUUGUGUUUACUUGCUUCAGGAAUGGGAAGCAGUCAGACCGCGCACUAAUCCACAAGAACCUCUGCGCCUGUCUCCUCGUGGCUGAGGUGGUGUUCCUGGCUGGCAUCGAUAAGACAGACAACAGGAUCUUCUGUGGAGUCGUCGCUGGGUUGCUGCAUUACUUCUUCCUGGCUGCUUUUGCGUGGAUGUUCCUUGAAGGUUUCCACCUCUACGCGAUGCUAGUGGAAGUCUUCGAACCAGAACACCCUCGAGCCCGCUGGUACUGCACCUGCGCCUACCUGGUGCCGGCGCUGAUAGUCCUGGUGUCUGCUGCUGUCUACCCUGGGGGGUAUGGCACUGACCGGCAUUGCUGGCUCACCACUGAUCGGUGGUUCAUGAUGAGCUUUGUUGGACCUGUCAUUUUGGUGCUGGUGGCAAAUUGGAUAUGCCUGAUUAUGGUAAUCUACAUGAUGUGCACGCAUUCUACCGUCUCCCUGAAGGCUAAGGACGACGCUAAACUAUAUAAGAUGAAGGUAUGGCUGAAGAGCUCGCUAGUACUGGCCUUCCUACUCGGCUUGACCUGGACCUUCGGGCUGUUGUACUUGAGCGAGCAGACGGUAGCCAUGGCAUAUGCCUUCACGAUCCUCAACUCGCUGCAGGGUCUUGUCAUCUUCAUCUUCCACUGUUUGCAGAAUGAUAAGUUCCGCAACGAAUGCGCCCGCAUCGGCCGUCGUCACCGCUGGCUGUCCUGCUGCCUCCACUUCACGGGCCAACCCUCAGAGACUCUUCAGCAUAACAACGGUCCCACAGCCUCCUCCUCCAACCAUAUGGACACCCGCCAGGGUUCCGUCAAGAGUAGGAGGUACCAUCAGAGCGCGGCUGAUGUCGAUGAUGUGGUCGACCCUAGGGAUGUGACGAGUUACAACUUGCAACCUGAGGCUGCGCGGUGGAAUAUUCGUCCCACGGCCCCGAUAUACGUACCAAGUGAGGACGCGAGAUCGAUGCGAGUGCCUACUCCUCAGAAUAUUCCUCAUUCUACGUCUCACACUCAGAGUAUAGCUUCAAUGCAUAGCUAUAGGAACAAUAUCGAAGUUCCCAAUGAGUACCAGAACUUGAGAUCUCGGUCGCCAUCUUGUUUUUCGAACAAAAUGGCGGCGUCGAUUGGCGCGAACGAAUGGGCGGUGAUGGCGAAUUCUGCUAACGUAUGGAAGAACACUUCUUCUAAGCAUCACCCAGUGAACUCGUCGACGCUCCCUCAUCACGACACGCUGUCGCGUCAGCUCGCGCAGCAGAACCACAUGCACAGCCCCUACGAGUGCGACGCCUCCCUCGCGCCCCCCUCCCCGCGACACAAGGACGAGGAGAGCCCCCUCCACCAUCCCCAGGGGUACAACACCACUCGCAGCUACAACCACGAUUUCAGGAACCCCCACGUCUACAUGUCCCAGCACUCGCCCGGCAGCCAGGAAAUGAUCUUCCGAAAACACUACAAAGACGACCGCAGGAAACAUCAUCAUCAUCACGGCAGCCAGAACAUCAACCACACUUACUCCGAAAUCGCGAACCAGCAAGGCAGGAUGUAUAGACGAGGAUCCGAACAAGAGUUCCGCGUCAUCCAAGACGAUCCCGUCUAUGAGGAAAUCGAAAGGAACGAGACUCUCAUGUCCGAUAUGUCGGACGACAACUCAGGUCCGGACAACUGCCGCCAGAAUCCUGGACACCACGGCUCUUCAAGCUCAAAGUUUUUUGGGGAUCACCGCCCACUUAUUUCGUACAGCCCCGGGGAACGGCACCACCAUGAGCAAGAGCAUUACGGGAAGUAUGGGAAGUGGGAUACCCUGGAGCGUUACGACCAGAGACACUACGAGAGCGGCCGGCUGAUGCACCCGUACCACCCGCCGCAGGAGAGCAACAUGCGAGCCCUGGCCGCAGUCCUCAACGGGGAGAACAACGUGGUGUGCCACCUGGAGCCGCACAACUCCUACGACGUGUACCAGCCGCAGAGUGCCAACCCCAGGACUGUCUCCCAGCCCAGUUUCUAAACAGUGCAAUUGAACAUGUGAUUAGACUGUGAACGUUCGUCUUAGCGACUUCGCGUGUGUACAGAAAUUUAGAACGGAAAAUUUUUCUAUGGACGUAAACUUAGAAGUCUUUGCAACACUUAAGAUUUAUUUAGAAAAACUUGCCAUAACGUGGACAUUAAUAUUUAUAGUAUAGUGACUUAAAUUUAAAUCACUUUUUUCACUGUGAUCCUAUUUAAAUAUAAUGGCUCAAGAUUCUAUAUCGCGACCAGGUACUUUGCGAAUUGGAUAGUAAUUUUGUAUAUAUGGUUAGCGUUUAGUACUAGAUAUUUAGUACUUCCAGUGUGACCUUACUAUCGUUACUACUUGGGUUACAAUCAUGGCAUUCUGUCGCAUUACAUGUUUUCUUACUGUAGGAAUGAUAUCUGUGAUGUCUCACUUCGUCGUUGUGUUUAGCGGGGUGACUCUAGGAACCGCCUCCUAGCACUAGGGGCGACUUUAGGUGUUUAUGACUCUAGGCAAUGCAACCAUGACAAACUAACGUAUGACAUAAUGUUUUAUACUUUAAUUAAAAUUAUCAAUACUCUUGUUUUCAAUGCAAUCACAAAAUGACAAUGCAAUUUGAAACCCGGUGUAAUCUUUUUAAAGCACAUAAUUUUAAAGUGCACAAACGUAGAAAAUAUAAAAUUGAAAUAUUUUUGAUUUCAUUAAACACAACGACGAAUUGUUAUCUUUAGUUUAAGUUCGCUUUUAGCCAUUAUUGUAUCACUGCCAUAAUAGUACCGUUUCGUAUGCUUUUAUACAAAUUUAAAGCUUAACUGUAACAAUAUACGGUUGAUUUUAAUUUGAAAUAUCAGUACAUGUGGGUAUUUUAAACACUCCUUCAAAAAUUACACUGUAGUUACUUUUGAAGACUGGUAUAGGUACUUUUUCUUAUGGUUAUCUUAAUGAUUUUAUAUAACCAAUUUUAUCUUUCUAAAUAUAUUUAUAAAAUGUAUCCUACCAGCACAAACACGUGAACAUUCCUACUAGUUAUUUUAAGAUCCUAAUACUUACUCAAUAAAACAAAUCAAUUUUGCACAAAAGACAAACUUUUACCACUGCCAAAAGGAGUAUUUAAAAUACCUUCAUAAGGAUUAGCACACAUUAUAUCGAGCUGCAUAAAGUAACUGAACAGUCCCAAACUUAUAGUUACUAGUAUCAAGAUAUUUACUUAUAACUUAAUUACUAAUAUUCGUGGUAACUUAAGCUACUUUAUGAACUAAACACAAGUUGCUGAACAAAGUCACAAAUUUUGGUAACAAACAAGGUCACUUAUAUUUUUGUUUCUUGUGUUAUAGAAGGCUCAAAGUGACUUGAUACUUGAGUGAUUUAAAAGAUCAUCAGGCAAAAUGUUUGCAUAACUUUUCGGGCGCCUGAUUAUUCUUUUAUGUAUGAAUACAGAACACUGUUUUUUAUUAGUUGGUACUACGUAACUCUAUGUAGCCCGAAAUAAUGUGUGCAUCCCACAGCAGCUUCGUAAAAAACUAUAAUUUGUCAAUAUUUCAAAAAAUCCAUCCAUCCAAACCUAUUAUAGACUGACACCAUUUGAUGUUGUGCACUUUCUGUACAUUAGAACUUAGCGUAAAUAACUCGUUUAAUAAAAUAAAUGAUAAAAAAAAUGACAAAAAAUAUUAUUUCUACGUAAUGUAGAUUUUUAAUGCCAUGGAUAUACCUGUUACUUUAUUAGGUAGGCUCGUUGUAUUUGACGUUCUAAGUUAAAUAUUGAUCUAAUUUUAAAGAAUAUCAUUUUAAUAGUUUGUAACAAAGCAGAACUCUCAAUCGGUUUCGCAACUACUUUUUAACCUUAGAUUAACUGUUGUAACAUUUAACUGUAGAAACGUCAAAUAAAGCUGUCAGCCUCUUAUGAUAAGGAAUUGUUUCAUUAGAAUUGAUAAAAGUACAAUAAUAACUGCAUUGAUUUCCAUGUAUAUUUUAAAUGUAAAGCAAUAUAUAUUAGACUGAAGUAUUUGAUAAAUUUUCAGCCAUUUUUUACUAUAAUACAAUUAAUUUAUAAACAUUUAUACAUGUAGGCGAAAAUUUAUAAAAUACUUUUUUGAAAUGGGAAAAUAAAUGAUAAAAAUUUUCUUGGGGAAUGAUUAUUUUUUCUAAUUGGGUAUACUAGUCCAUCUAUUUUUCCCAUUCGUCUGAACUAAUGUAAGUGUACAUUUCUCAUGUAUUUCUGUUAUAUAUUAUUAUUAUUUUUGUUUUUGUAAUGUAUUUUAAAAACGUUAACGUCAUAAAUGUAAAGUAGAAAAAAGGAAAAAUGUGUAAAUAAAUUAAAAUUUAUAAAAAUAAAGAGUGGCCGUUCUGUGAGGACGGCGCAUAUGAA